AAUGAGAGUGAAGGAAGUAGGAGAAAGUAUACAGAAGGAUGCACCAUCAUCAGAGAAUAGUAAUGAUUUUACUCCAUAUUCAGCGAACACCAUGGAUGAGAUGCUCAUUGAUGCAGUAGAACAGAGACCAGGUCUAUGGAAUCAAAAGUUGCCAAUUCAAAAGCGAAGCCCUUGUGUACGACAAGAGUUAUGGGAUGAAGUCUUUAACAAUCUUGAAUUAAUUACCGUGGGUGUACGCAGCGGAUCGGGUGCGGAAGCUGGACAUCCGCAGAAAAGUCCUUUCCGCUUCUAUUCAAGAAUGCAAUUUCUAGACGAGGCUGCGCAGGAAAUGCCUACAACGAGCUCUCUACCACGGAACAUAUGUCAUGAUGAAGAUAGUGCAUCGAGUCUAAACGAUUUGGAAUUUCAGCAAUGUAAUUUCAGCAAUGUAUCUUCUCCAACAGAUUGUAGCAUGUCAGACAUUGAAACA